GGGGCAUGCGAUGAGUUGUAGGGUGAAGUGAAGGACAGUAGACUAGUGAUUAGCCCGGCAUUUUCAUGAAAAGAAAAGUAUAAAAGUCGAGAACUUAGAAAUAAUUAUUGAGUUGAAAGUGCCGCUUUUUUCCAAGAGAUAGUAGCCGUGCUUAAAACAAUUUCACCAUGAAUCAUCUUUCGUGUCUGCUAGUGUUGGUCGUUGCAUUGACCCUGAGUGUCUCCGGAUACAGUUACAACACCUAUCCGUCAUACGGUGGUUACGGCAAGGGCUACGCACUUGGCGGCUACGGAGGCUAUGGCGGAUGGGGAGGCAAGGGCUACGGCGGAUGGGGCGGCUUGGGAGGCUACGGCGGAUGGGGCGGCAAGGGCUACGGCGGAUGGGGCGGCAAAGGGGGUUAUGGUGGGUGGGGAGGUUUGGGCGGUUGGGGUGGUAAAGGCGGAUACGGCGGUUGGGGAGGUAAAGGCGGAUACGGCGGUUGGGGAGGUUUGGGUGGAGGAUGGGGUGGUAACUAUGGCGGUAACUAUGGAGGGUGGGGCGGAAACUAUGGUGGAUGGGGAGGCAACUACGGAGGCUUGGGUGGAUGGGGAGGUAACUACGGAGGCUGGGGCAACAACAACGCCUACGCACAAGCCUCCGCCGCAGCCAGCGCUAGUGCUAGUGCCAACGCCUACAAUAACUACAACACCUACAAUAACUACAACAACUAUGGUGGUCUUGGAUACGGAUUCAGUGGAUACGGAUCUCCAGCAUAUUAUGGCUAUGACUGGGAUUUUGAUGGUGACGAUGAUUGAACAACUCACUAGCCACAGCACUACCCAGUAGACAAUCAACAUACAUUUUUUAAAAAGAAAUCAGCUAGUUGUUACAAGGCCUGCUAUUUUCAGUGUACAUGUUAACACUUGGCAACAACAGAGAAUAAAAUACAUAUAUAUAUAUAUACACACAUACAUAA